AUGGCGUCUUCUACGAGACGGACGUCUUGGAAAGACGACGAGCUAGUGUCAAAAAUAAAACAUUUUGAUACAUUUUAUGGUAAGGCUCCACCAGGGCUACUCAAAAAAAGAGAAGUGCGUCCUGAAGACUGUAUACCGGAUAAACCAGAAAACAAAGAUGCCCGUGACUUUCUAUCUAAUGCACCAACAAAAGGAUUAUGGAUGCCGUUGGGAAAACAAGUCAAAGUUAUGAAAUGUUGGAGAUGUAAGGCAUAUGGACAUAGAACUGCUGACAAGGAAUGUCCAUUGUUUAUUCAGGGAAAUGCUGUUAGUGAGAACUUUAGAGUGACACAUGAGGACCCAAUGCAUGAAUAUAUUCUCAAAACUAGAAUGAAGAAAAAAGAAGAAAGGAUAAUGCAGCUGCAGGCACUGUUAGAUUCUUCAACCACCGACUCCGAUAAUGACGACAAACCAGCGAGACAACAAGAGAAAAGGCGGCGAAAAAAAAGAUCACGAAAUGAAAAAGAUGGGCAGUAUCAAAGAGAAGAUGGUAGUCCACGAAGUGAUGUAUGCACGAGCACACACAGACAAACUACAGAUCUUAGUGGUUGUAGGGAAUAUUCAUACGGGGAUAAAAAUAUUCGAGCUGAUCAAAAGGAAAUGAAAGAAGGACGAAAAAGAGCCUCGGAAGAUGUUAUACUUGAUGCAAGACAAGAAAGCAAGGUCGCGAGAAGACAUGACAGACAUAAGAGGAAAAAUGGAAGCGCAUCAGACACUAAAAAAAGUCAUGAGAAAGACUACCAUAGGAUUAAAUAUGAUGGUGAUAAACACAGGAAAAAAAAGUCCAAGCAUAAAAAACACAAACACAACAAGAAACAUCAUUAA